AUGCUUUCUCCAGAUAUCUUGAGGGAUUUGACCGAUUGCUCUGAGUUUGGAAAUAUAUCCUGUCCUGAGAGCAUUAGGUCACCAGGAGUAGGAGGGGUAAUGUAUCUAUUCAUAACAGUAGCCUUCAUUCAGGGAAACCUGGCCAUAAUCAUUUCCAUGUCAUAUUUCAAGCAGCUUCAUUCUCCAACCAGUUUCCUCAUCCUAUCCACGGAUUUCCUUCUGCGCUUUGCUAUUACGCCCAGCAGCACGAUGAGCUCUGUGGAGAACUGCUGGUAUCUUGGGAUGACAAUCUGCAGAGUUCGUCACAGUUUCAGCCUGAUGCUCUGCUUAGUUUCCAUUUUCCAUCUUUGUUCCAUGGCUGUGGGUUGGUUUUAUGCCAUCUGCCACCCUCUGCACUAUGCCAGCACCAUGACUGCCACAGCCAUCGUAGCUGUGUGCUGGUCAGUGCCAGCUACUUUUUUUGGUGUGGUGUUCUCGGAAGCUUAUGCUUCUGGGAUUGAGGUCUAUUGUUUCUUCAAUAAAAUCAAACCCAUUUUAUAUGAUAUUUAUUUAUACUUGUGUUCACUCUUAAUGCCUUGA